AUGGAGAUCAUGGAUACGCAGCGUGCCUUGGAGGCUGUGGAGAGACUGCAAGCCAAACUGAAGGAGAGAGGCGAGGCCCCCACGCAGGAGAAGCUCUCCCUGCUGAAGACUGUCCUGCAGAGCCCCCUGUUCCAUCACAUACUCAGCUUACAGCAAGCUCAGCGGAAACCCCCAGCGAAGUCCCACCAGGCGAAGGGUAUUUCCAAAUCUGUGUCUAUGAACUGUGGCCCCUGCCAGGGCAUGGCACGGGGCCUGAGCCACAGUGACUCCUACACGUGGGCCAUGGAGAACCGAAGGCCCAGCACCGCCAGAUCCGUCCACAGGGACAGCAGCAUCUCCUCUCUGGGCUCGCAGGAUCUGUCCUUCUCCGACAUCUACCCAGAAAACUGCAUUCACACCGAAUCACAGUACUGCACUCCCCCUCGAAUCUCCCGCACCAUGUCGAUGGGGAGGCACCUGUCUGCUAUUGCUCAUGAGAAGCGUCACGUGGAGAUGAUAGAGCUGACCAAUGAUGGCAAAGGGCUUGGUUUCGGCAUCAUAGGAGGCCGGAGCACCGGAGUCAUGGUCAAGACCAUCCUACCUGGCGGAGCUGCCGGACAGGAUAAGCGUCUGCGGAGCGGAGAUCAAAUCCUGCGUAUUGGGGACACGGACCUGGCGGGCAUGAACAGCGAGCAGGUGGCACAGGUGCUGCGAAAUGCUGGUAGCAAGGUGAAACUGCUCAUCGCCAGGGAUAUUCCCAAGGACAACCACCUUUCCUCUCCUGUCCUCAGCCAGGACAGCUCGGACGACAAGCUCAGUGACUUGAAUGAUGACUGUGAGUUCAGUGUGCAGUUCACUAAAAACAGUCGUGGCCUGGGAUUCACCAUUUCUAGCUACAUAGGUGACCUAAACUCAGUGUACAGUGCUGGUGUGACAGUGAAGAGCAUAGUGAAAGGCAGCACUGUUGAUCAAGAUGGACGCAUCCACAUCGGAGACAUCAUCCUGUCUGUGGAUGGAGUGAGCCUGCAGGGCUGCAGCGAGCAGCGUGCCAUGGAGGUGCUGAGGAGGACAGGUCCCCUGGUCAGACUCAAGUUGCUGAGGAAGGCUGUUCGCCUGAGUCACAUCCUGCCCCCAGUUCCUCCCCUGCAGCCCCUCCGACACUCCCACAGCUUCCACGAGGGCAAUCCCUACAGAGUGGGCCUCAACAAGAUUCAGGAGACAGGAAUCAGCUCGCUGCGUGAAAUCUCCCGGCGCGCAGCAUACGCCAACAGACGACCCCGACACGAUUCCAGAAACGGCGUGAAACUGACGCCGGCUGAGGAGGAAGACCUGAGGAAGAGGUGGCAGCUCGCAGUCGGACCGCGAUAUGAAGUUAUUGUGUGUCAUCUGGAGCGUUUUGGUGAGACAAGCGGUCUUGGCAUCAGCCUGGAGGCUCGGGCAGGACACCACUACCUGUGCUCUGUCUUACCCGAGGGGCCCGUCGGCCAAAGCGGCAAGAUCUUCACCGGAGACCAGAUACUGGAGGUGAACGGGAUUCCUCUCAUUGGAGAGACACAUAAGGAGGUGGUCAAUAUACUGAAGGAGCUGCCCAUGCGGGUUUGCCUGGUGUGCUCUCGCAUUGUGCCGCCUGUAAUUCCCGACAGUGACGAGGAAGAUGAAGAUGAUGUCCGUCUCACCCUGAAAGAGCUGCUGGCUGAGUUCAACGACAAGUUGGACCAGGGCUGCGUCAUUCCCUGCCCUACAGCCGAGGACAUCACCAAACGUGGCGUGCCCCCCAUGUCACCUCCUCUGGCCAUGUGGGAGAGAGAGCCUCAGGUGGUCGAGCUGGAGAAAGGCGAGUCGGGACUGGGCUUCAGUAUCCUGGACUACCAGGAUCCGGAAGACGCCACUAAAACGGUUCUGGUCAUCCGGUCCCUGGUGCCUGGAGGUGUAGCAGAUCGAGACGGUCGCCUGCUACCCGGUGACCGACUCAUGUUCGUGAAUGAGAGUGACUUGGAAGGCUCCAGCUUGGAUUACGCCGUACACGUCCUGAAGUCCACCGGCUACGGCCCGGUCCGCAUUGGAGUUGCCAAACCACUGCCGCUGGAACUGUGUGGCGGCUUAACACCCAUCUCAGAGAGGAGCACGCGGGCUUCCUGCGAUGACACUGACAGCCACACUCAGGUCAGCCUGCUAGCUGAGGCAGAGGAGGCUAACACCAAUACCAACACCAACACCAACAACUCUGAGGACAACAGCAUCAUCCAGCAGCGCUACACUACAACGGAAAACCAGCUGCGUUAUCGUUUCAGCAUCAUGGAAGAGGACAACAGGCAGCAUGCGCCGCCUCUGCCCCCCCGCACCAGCUUUGAGAGGACAAUCACUGUUGUCCGGGGCAACCGUAGCCUUGGGAUGUCGGUGAGUGCUAUCAAGGACGGCUCAGGCAUGCUGGUGCGCAGUGUGGUCCAGGGGGGCUCUGUUAGCCAGGAUGGCAGGCUGGGGGUUGGGGACGCCAUCUUGGCCAUCAACGGAGAGCCUACCUCCAACCUGACCAACGCCAGGGCCAGAGCCAUGCUCCGCAGACACUCUGUCAUAGGGCCAGAGAUGAGCAUAACCUAUGUCCCAGCCCACCAGGUGGAUGACCACCGCACCCGCCUGUGCUUACCCCCUCUGGCGUCCAUCGCGGCGGACAGCAGCUCUUCCUCGCCCACCCCACCAAACCCUUCUCCGGAGCCCACCUCGGCCCCGGCGAGAUCCUCCUGUCCAGUCAGCGCCGCCGCUCCAACUCCGGCUUCAUCCGCCCUCAAACACUCCACCUCGGUCAAAUUUAAAGCCACAGCUCCAGAUCCAGCUGUUGUCAGAGCCUCUGCUUCAUUUAAAGCUCCAUUCAAAGGCCCCACCAUCACCCCAGCCCCGGACUCAAGUUGGCAGAUUCCAAAAUCUCUACCUCACAAGAAGAAGGAGGAAGGAGGAGAAAAUGGAGAGUUUGUGGAGGAGAAGAAGGACAAGAGCAGCACAGAUGGGAAAAUACCAAAGCUGGAGGUGGAGAUGAAGGUUUAUGGUAAAGAGGAGGGAGAAGAGGAGCUUCACUCUCAGAGCACAGUGGCUUGGGAUCAACCCAGAAGAGUGCAGCUGACUCGAGGACCGGGCCAAUCCCUGGGCAUCAGCAUAAUGGGAGGCAGAGGCAUGGGCCGGAGACUGAGCAGUGGAGAGAUGAUGAGGGGAGUCUUCAUCAAGCACAUCAGCCCCGACAGCCCGGCAGCACAUAAUGGCACCCUCUGGACUGGAGACAGGAUACUAGAGGUGUCUGGUGUGGACCUAAGAGAUGCCAGCCAUGAGCAGGCGGUGGAGGCCAUCCGCAGGGCCGGAGACACUGUGGACUUCUUGGUCCAGUCCGGAAUGCAGCGAUCUCAGUCCCCUAUGCUCACCAACCACGAGAGGCUAACUCCGACGCCGCAGUCCAACUCGCACAGCGGCAAGGAAGCAGAGACUCUCAGUGGUCUGUUCCUUAGUCUCUCCCCUUCAAACCCCUUCACUCCCACCCCCUUUAAGGUACCUUCGCCGACAUCACAUAGAAAGACUCAGAGAAGCCCCAUAACUGCAACAACACCAAUCACAGCAGCAGCUGAAGGCGAGGAUGACACUGGCAGGAAAAAGAUGCUGCAGCGUUAUGGCAGCCUGUCUGGGAAGCUCCAUAUGAUUGAGCUGGAGAGGGAUCCUGCAGCUCAGGGCCUAGGCAUCAGCCUUGUAGGGAAUAAAGACGGUUCCCGGGCACGUAUGAGUGUCUAUGUGGCGGAUAUAGACCCUCGGGGACCUGCUGGUUUAGACGGGCGGAUAUGGGUUGGAGACGAGCUACUGGAGAUCAACGGUCAGAUCUUGUACGGCCGCAGCCACCAAAACGCCUCCACCAUCAUCAAUAACGCUCCGUCUAAAGUGAAGAUCACUCUCAUCAGGAAUAAAGCAGCUCAGGGUCAAAUGACCCAGGGAUCCAGAACAGAGUGUGAGGACACAGUCGACUCCCAGACAGACUCUGCAGAGCAUGGAGGAUUUACCAGAGACAUCCAGCACGUCAUACUACCUCAGGAUCGCGCAGGUCUUGGCCUCUGCCUCGCAGAGGAGGAGUCCAAAGAAGGAGUGGUGGUCAGGUCCCUGAUCCAGCACGGCACUGCCAGUAAGGACGGCAGGGUAAAGGUUGGAGACAGAAUCAUAGCAGUGGGCGAUGAACCUGUGGCGGGACUGUCAGUGGACAAGGUGUCCAGCUUGAUUCUCAAACACCGGGUCACUGUCAAGCUCUCCAUCAGCCGCUCCAAGAGUCUCUCCACCUCUUCUUCUCUGCCUCCCCCGACAUCUCUCUCCUAUCCCCGCUCUCUCUCUCCAGCUUCCUCCCUAACCCUCCCCGCCUCCUCGUCUUCCUCUUCAUCCCCCAACGCCAUGCAGACGUCUCCCAUGGGGCGAUCUGAUUGGCUAGGAUCAGCUCCCGCAACUUCGGACCCCCUGAGCUGUCCAGUUGUGGCUGGCAAGGAAACAAUCAUAGAGAUCUGUAAAGGAAAUGUCGGCCUGGGCCUCAGCAUUGUAGGAGGAUACGACACUCUGCUGGGGGCAGUGAUAAUCCAUGAAGUAAAUGAUGGAGGAGCAGCACAGAGAGAUGGAAGGCUGCAGGCAGGAGACCAGAUAUUAGAGGUGAAUGGCAUAGACUUGCGGCAGGCCACUCAUGAUGAGGCCAUAGGCGUGCUGCGACUCACCACCCAGCGUGUUCUCCUGCGCGUCUUCAGGCACCAGGAGGCCUACAGGGAGGAGGACCUGUGGGACGUCUUCAGCCUGGAGCUGAGGCCUCGUCCUGGAGAGGGACUUGGUUUCACCACUGUGGGAAAGAGUAAUGACACGGGCAUCUUUGUGUCAGAUAUCAUCAGAGGAGGCGUAGCAGAUUCAGAUGGCAGGUUGUUGCUAGGUGACCAGAUUCUGUCAAUCAACGGGGAGGAUGUCCGUGCAGCAUCACAGGAACAUGCACAGAAGCUUCUGCAGCGUUGCAGUGGAGCGUUCCACCUGGAGGUGGCUCGUUUUAAAGCCGGGCUGCAGUACUCACAGCAGAGCCAGGAAUACUUUAAGUUGUGUUUUAUCCAGAGCGAAGACUCCGACUGUUCCACCCUGACCCCCUCGAGUGGAUGUGAUGCUUCCCUCGGCCAGCAGAGGGAGACAGAUAACAAAGCAGGGACUUUCUCAUUUCAAGACCACCCUGUCAUCAGAGAAGUAAUGAUACAGAAGGGCCCUCGUGACUCCCUGGGCAUCGGUGUAGCAGGAGGAGUGGGCAGUCCCCAUGACAACGUACCUCUUUUUAUUGCUACCAUGGAUACCAAUGGACUGGCUGCCAAAACACAGCAAUUACAGACGGGAGACAGGAUCCUCAGCAUCAACGGCGUGUCCAUGGAGGGAAUGACUCACGUCCAAGCUGGAGUCCUGCUGGAGAGCGCCACUGGAGCCAUCAGUCUGCAGGUGGCAGCAGGUUCCAGUAGGUGCAGCACAAAGCACUACAAUGAUGUGCAUGCGGGCCAGCCCAGCAGCCUGCCCCGCUUUCACAACAACCUCCGCACUCGCAUGUAUAAGACCAUCACUCUAGAGAGAGGCUCAUCGGGCCUGGGCUUCAGCAUCGUGGGAGGGUUCGGCAGCCCUCAUGGAGACCUGCCGAUCUACAUCAAAACCGUCUUCAACAAGGGGGCGGCCGUAGAGGACGGCAGGCUGAAGCGUGGAGAUCAGAUCAUCGCCGUGAAUGGACACUGUCUGGAGGGCGUGACUCACGCUGAAGCCGUGGACAUCCUGAAGAAGACCAAGGGAACCGUCGUCCUCACUGUGCUCUCCUGA